AUGUGGUCUCACAUUUCUACACACUACAAUCCCGCAGACUGCGCUAGUCGAGGCCUCUUACCGUCCUGUCUAGUAAACCACAAAUUGUGGUGGUAUGGACCACCAUGGCUGUCAAAUCCUACAACUGAAUGGCCGGUCUCCUCAUUUAAAAUUAUGAAGAAUGAAGAGUUGCCUGAACUCAGGUCUGAACCUUUGAAUGUUUUGAUAGCUGUCAAUGAAUUGGACAUUUUCUCCAAGUUCUCCUCAUGGAGCAAAUUGUUGAGAGUGUUAUCUUAUGUUUUUAGAUUCAUCAAAAAUACUCGUCUGAAGAAGAAAGAAUCAAGAUCCCUACAGUUAGAAGAACUGAAUAAUGCAUCCGUCCAAAUAUGCAAGAUACUUCAAUUGUCAGUGUUUCAAGAAGACAUUGCACGUCUCAAGUCAGGAAAACUAGUAACGUCCCGUCUAAAGCAUCUCUCACCCUUCAUUGAUGAUUCUGGACUCCUCAGGGUUGGAGGUCGCAUUCAACACUCAACAUUAUAUGCAGCAAAGUACCCAAUCAUCUUGCCUAAGUCACACCAUAUAACUAACAUUAUUAUUGAUUAUUAUCACUUGAAAUAUUUACAUGCUGGACCACAAUUUCUCCAGGGCAUAAUCUCUCAAAGGUUUUGGAUCCUUUCAGCAAGAAGUGUAAUCAAGAGUAGAAUAUUUAAAUGUGUACGUUGCUUCCGUUGUCGGCCUACUCUAACUUCGCAGAAGAUGGGCGAUCUCCCUCCAGUUAGAGUUACUCCUUCUAAAGUUUUCUUUAACUGUGGAACUGACUUCAUGGGGCCGUUUUUGGUUAAGCCAAACAAUUUGCGCAAAACUAGCCCUGUAAAGAUGUACUUGUGUAUCUUCAUAUGCCUAGCUGUCAAAGCUGUUCAUCUUAAAGUAGUUAGCAGCUUGACUUCAGAAGCCUUUAUUGCAACCUUGACUUGUUUUGUAUCACGAAGAGGUCUUUGCUCAAAUAUUUUUUCAGACUGUGGAACGAAUUAUGUCGGGGCAGCAGCAGAACUACAACACAUUCAGUCAUUUCUACAACAGGAUGAGACUAAGAAAGCAUUAAAUAAGUUUGGAAAUGAAAAUCAUAUAAAGUUUAACUUUAUACCUCCAGCAGCACCUCACCAGGGAGGAAUAUGGGAGAGAACCGUACGAAGCGUCAAAUACCACUUACGACGUGUUAUUGGAGAACAACUCCUCAACUUUGAAGAAUUCCUCACCUUAUCUACAAAGAUAGAAGCAAUACUCAACUCUAGGCCCAUCACUGCCCUCUCCUCAGACCCUGCUGAAGUUGAUUACCUCACACCAGGACACUUCCUCAUUGGAAGCCCUCUACUUGCACUUCCUGAGCCCACAUGGGAAGAAGUUCGAAGCAAUAGACUCUCAAGAUGGCAGCUUGUCCAAGCUAUGUCUCAACAUUUCUGGAAGGGGUGGCAGAAAGACUAUCUCCAUACCCUGCAGUGA